AUGAUUUUGAUCGAAGCAAUUUAUAUUGAUUUGCAUGAAAUGAAGCAGAUGUGUCUCGAGAGGAUUGGACAGGGACAAGGCAAAACGAACGGUCAUUACCAGCUGCUUUUGAUGACUUUUAAUGAUGGAAAAGUCGAAUGGACCAAUCUAAAACUAUUAUUGUUAUAAUAACAAGCAGAAAUGUGUCACCUGACACUGAUUACUUUUGCAAUUAUUUUACAAAUAAUAUUUGUGAAUAGUUUGGACUGUCUUACGGGACGUUUAAAUUUUGGCUUAGUGUACACUCAAUGUAGCGCAAAUGUCAAUUAUUGUGCUAAAAUGGCAACCACUGAUCCAGUGCAGGGCCUUAUUAUUGAAAAAGGAUGUGAUGCGGAAAAUUUUUGCACUACUAUUGGGUCACGUUGUUUAUAUGAUAACUAUAAUGAAAUGGAAAUAUGUUGCUGUAGGUCAAAUCUUUGCAAUGGAUCGAUGACAUACCUUUAUUAUUGCAUAAUUAAUUUAUUAAUGAAAAGUAUUUCACUUACGUGUGCACGUCAAUAA